UUCGUCAGUCAUCUUUCUAGUGUUUGCAAAGGAUUGCGACGACAGAAAUUAAUUCACGAACAACGCGUUCACGGUUGGUUUUACCAUCUACACUAGAAUUUUUCGUUUCGUAGUCGAGUAACGUGAUAAGUUGCUUCGCUGUGGGAUAGCUUCGAGGCUUCGAUAACAAAUGGAUAGCCCAUUACCGCAUAUUUUAGAAAGCGCUGAAUGUGAUGGUUCGGGCAAACCGAAAGACAGGUUAGUGAAUCUUCUGGAUCAAAUCGAAGAGCAUGUAGAACAGCUGAGGAAGGAUGCUUCUCGACUCGAAGAAGAGAAAGACAUUCUCCUGACUACUUUAGACACCUUGAAGAACAAUGAAAUCCUGAGUGCAUUGCAAGAGACCGAUAGAGAGGAUAUUUUGAGGUAUGCAGAGAGAUUGACUAUGAGAUGUCUGACAGUCGAUGUUUUGGUGACGGUUCAGCGAGAUCAAAUUCAGCAAGAAGCAUUACAUCAGGUGAAUGACCUGAUCGAUAACUUAAUAAUUGGUCUCCGAGACGAUCCAACUAUGACUCGACAACGUUGUACAUCCUUUAUGAAUGCUUGUUCUUCGCAUGGUAGUGGACUGCCAGACAAAACCUUUGAGACUGCUAUUCUUGGAUGUACUGUAGAGGAUCAAAAACGGAUAAAAAAGAGAUUGCAGGGUUUAUUGGAUUAUAUUGAUAAGAUGCAUACGAUUCAACUACUUUGAAGGCAUUCUUUAAACAAUGUGUUUUGAUAAGGCAGCAGAUAAGUUUUCAAAUGAGCAAUUAAUUCGUAUUAAUUGUUCUAAUAGGAGGUUUGAGAAUAUAAAAGCUAAAUAAACCAGGGUGCUUGAUGGAAAUUCAAUGGUGAUGUUUUAUGGUAAAUGUAGAGGACGUCAUUAUUUAAGAGACAUGUAAACUAUGUCUUCUCCACGCAUACCAUGAUUUUCUAUAAUAUUCAAGCCAUUGUUAACUCAGCUUCUGCCCAAUUUAUAUUUGCAUAUUGUAGUAGGGUGUAGUGACAAAACUGCUAUCAAAUUUCAUGACUAUUCUGACGUUUAUUUGAAAACUUUUCAAUGAGUAUUUAUGAUAUUACAAUUCAUGAAGUUAUGGUCAAAUGAAUAGCUUUCUUACAAAAUGAAUGUACUGCAAUAUUUGCAGAGAAUAAUGUUUGAUAUCAGAAUGAUCUUAAUUAUUUGUUAUUAGUAAAUUGGAAAUAUAUUUAUACCUUUUGUUAAAUUCUAAAAUGGUGAUACACACAUUAGUAGAGUUACGUUCAAUUUAAUCUUUGUGUGGAUAUCGUAAAUGUGUGACUGCUGGUUGGUCAUGUCAAUAUACCCUUGUUAUAACAAUCUUUUUUAUUACUUAAAAUUAUUUGUGCUUCCUAUUGUUAAGAGAACUCUUACAAAAGUGUUUAAAGAAAUUUAAUAAAAUUUCUACACUAUGCUUGCUUUAAA